AUGUCAUAUAUCACAUCAUCAAUAGUAAUAACAUCGCUAUUAACAGUGGGUGGAUAUAUGUUAUUCACUGGAGCUGGUGAAUCAUUUAAUAUUGGUGAAUUUUUAGAAAGCACAUCACCUUAUAUGUGGGCAUCAUUAGGUAUAGCAUCAUGUAUAGGGUUUUCAGUAGUAGGGGCAGCUUGGGGUAUAUUUAUAACUGGUACUUCAAUUAUAGGGGCUGGUGUAAAAGCUCCAAGAAUUACUACAAAAAAUUUAAUUUCCAUUAUCUUUUGUGAAGUUGUUGCUAUUUAUGGUUUAAUCAUGGCAAUUGUUUUUAGUGCAAAACUCACUAGUGUCAGUUCAGAAGUACUAUAUACUAAGGAGAAUCUUUAUACUGGUUAUUCAUUAUUUUGGGCAGGCUUGACGGUUGGAGUUUCAAAUUUGAUAUGUGGUAUUGCAGUUGGUGUAACUGGUUCGACUGCGGCUAUAUCAGAUGCAGCCGAUAGUUCAUUAUUCGUAAAGAUAUUGGUUGUGGAGAUUUUUGGAUCUGUAUUGGGAUUAUUUGGGUUAAUUGUUGGUUUGUUAAUGACAGGUAAAGCUCAAGAAUUUAGCUGA